AUGAACGCUCUCAAUUCCUCCACAGCGCCUGCGGGAGAGUACGCCGGAGACGAAGUCUCCGCGAUCGUCCUCGACCCAGGAUACAACACAACCCGUGCCGGCUUCGCAGGGGAAGACGUUCCCAAAUCCGUGUGCCCAACCUUCUACGGCUACAUCGAUUCGGACUCUGGGCCCCAGUACCUCUUCGGCGAAAACGCGAUCCACAAUCCUCAAGCGAACCUACAGAUUAAGAAUCCCUGGGGUGCCGACGGCAUCGUGGAAGACUGGGACACCGCAACCAAGCUCUGGCAGUAUGCCAUAACGUCGCGAUUGACAGGGCCAAGGGAGCGCCCACCAAUAAGGAGCUCUGCAAAUGAGCAGAAUGGAAGUGGAAAUCGGGAUCCGGAUGCCAUGGACGUGGACGUGGAGGUUGCGGUAGAAAGCACGGAGAAGCCGCUUGAAGACAGCCCUCUGCUCAUGACCGAACCAGGCUGGAAUCCCACCAAAGCACGCGAAAAAGCUAUCGAAAUAGCCAUGGAAGAAUGGGGCACGCCAGCAUUCUACCUCCAAAAAACCGGCGUUCUCGCCGCCUUCGCCUCCGGCAAAGCGUCCGGCAUCAUCAUCGACGUCGGCGCAUCCCAUACCUCCGUCACCCCCGUCCUCGACGGGAUGGUCCUUAAAAAGGGCGUCCAGAAAUCCCCGCUGGCAGGGAACUUCGUGUCCUCGCAAAUCCGCCUGCUUUUCAAGCAGGCCCAACCCGAAAUCCAGAUCACCCCCCACUAUCUCGUCAAAUCCAAAACCGCCGUCGACGCCGGCGCUCCUGCCCAAGCCGUCUACCGCUCCUUCGAUCCUCCUCCACAUUCCUCCUUCCGCCACCACGAAGAAGACCGCGUUCUCACCGAAUUCAAAGAAUCUGUCGUCGAAGUUUGGCCCGGCCCCCAACGCCUCUCGGUCGGUCCCAACGAGGAGAUCGCGAAAAGUCAACCAGGCCGCCCCUUCGAAAUGCCCGACGGCUGGAACCAGGUCUUCGGGAUUGAGCGCUUCAAGGCCGCAGAGGGUCUCUUUGACGCCUCCGCCGCGCAGACCGAUGCCGAACACCCGCGCCCCAAGGACGAGCAUACGAUUCCGAAGCUCGUGCAGGCUGCGCUGGCGAGCGUGGAUGCAGAUCAGAGACCCAUGUUACUGGCCAACAUUGUGGUAACGGGCGGUUCGACGCUGCUGUACAAGUUCAAUGAUAGGCUGCUGGCGGAAUUGAAUGCUAUGUAUCCCAGUACGCGGAAUAAAAUCAUUGCCCCGGGGAGUAUUGUGGAGAGGAAGUAUGCGGCGUGGAUUGGGGGCAGUAUAUUGGCGAGUUUGGGGAGUUUUCAUCAGUUGUGGAUUUCGAAAAAGGAGUAUGAGGAGCAUGGUGUUAACAUCGUGGAGAAGAGGUGUAGGUAGAUGGACUUGUGGGGGGAUGGAGUGAA